GGACAGAUCGUGCACACGGAGCAGAUUCCUGCGCGGGCAGCAAAGUGCAGCAAACCGGCCGCCGCUCUGUCAGCACCGGUAAUGAAAGCGCUGUCCGCACGGGGAGUGACCGGCCUCUUCACCCACCAGGCCCAGGCAAUUGAUGCCGCCCUUGCAGGGAAGCAUGUGGUGGUGUGCACGUCCACAGCCAGCGGCAAGUCGCUCUGCUACAACCUGCCCAUCUUGGAGGCGCUGGUGAAGGACCCACGCGCGACGGCGCUGUACAUGUUCCCGACCAAGGCCCUCGCGCAGGACCAGCUGCGCGCCCUCAGGGAGCUCUGCGCCGCCGCUUUUGGUGACAAGGCGCCCUCCAUCGACAUCUAUGAUGGCGAUACUCCCCAGGAGGAUCGUGGGGAGGUCAGGGAGCGUGCUCACCUGCUGAUCACCAACCCAGACAUGCUGCACUGCAGCAUCCUGCCGGUGCACGGGCAGUUCUCCCGCUUCCUGAGCAACCUCCGCUACAUUGUUGUGGACGAAGGGCACGCCUACAGGGGUGUGUUUGGGUGCCAUGCUGCGCUGGUGCUGCGGCGCUUGCAACGCAUCUGCCAGCGGGAGUACAGGAGGGAUCCUCGCUUCAUUGUUGCCAGUGCCACCAUCGCCAAUCCUCAGGAGCACAUCCAGCAGCUGCUAGGGGUGCCGAGCGUCCACGUGGUGUCCGAGGAUGGCUCGCCCCAUGGGCACAAGAGCUUUAUCAUGUGGAACCCGCCCCUGCAUGGCGCUGCGGGGGUGCCUUCAGAUGAGCGCCGUGGCAGCCCUAUUGUGGAGCUCAGUCUGCUGCUGGCCGAGUGCGUGCAGCAUGGGUUGCGCACCAUCGCCUUCUGCAACACGCGCAAGCUAUGCGAGCUGGUCACUGCCUACACACGUGAGACGCUCAAGGCCACAGCUCCAGAACUGGCUUCCUCUAUCUCUGUGUACCGCGCAGGCUACAGCCCGCAGGAGCGCCGAGAGAUUGAGAGCGCGUUGUUCAAUGGCAAGCUGUGGGCAGUUGCCGCAACAAACGCUUUGGAAUUGGGCGUCGACGUGGGCUCCCUGGAUGCCACUUUGCACCUCGGGUUCCCAGGUUCGGUGGCCAGCCUGUGGCAGCAGGCCGGGCGGGCGGGGCGCAGGGAGCAGCCGUCCGUCUCCAUCUACAUCGGCUUUGAUGGGCCGCUGGACCAGUACUUCAUGCACCAGCCAGAAAACCUGUUCAAGCGCCCCAUCGAGACUGCUCAGAUCGACCCGGAGAAUGAGCAGCUCCUGCAGCAGCACCUGGCAUGUGCAGCGGCGGAGACGCCCCUGCUGCUACAGGACGACCAGGCCUAUUUUGGCCCCCGCGUCCCAGAGAUUGCCAGCUUCCUCCAGUCCGUGGGGCUCGUGAACAGGCAUCCGCACGCCAGCACCCCAGACGUGCUGUUCUAUGUGGGCAGCAAGGACAAUCCAGCGCGCCAAAUAAAUCUGCGGGCCAUCGACCCGGAGCGCUACAGCAUCGUCAACGAGGCGGCCGGGGGCGAGGUGCUGGAGGAGAUCGAGGAGAGCAAGGCCUUCUUUGAGGUCUAUGACGGCGCCGUCUACCUCUACCAGGCGAGGCCCCAGGCAUUAACACUAUGCAUCGGCCGGACGUACCUGUGCAAGAAGCUGGACCUGAGCUCGCGCGUGGCGGUGGUGCGGCCGGCGGACCUCAAGUACUACACCAAGACGCGCGACUUCUGCGACGUCCACGUCAUCGGCGGCCGCACCGCCUACGCCAAGCACAGCGUACACCCCGCCAUCUUGACUCUUAUCGCAACACCCUGCCAGGUGACCACUCGUUGGCUCGGCUUCUACCGCGUGUGGCAGGGCAGCGGGGAGGUCUUUGACACAGUCGAUCUCUUCCUUCCGGACGUCCAGUUCAACACCCAGGCGGCGUACAUCCGGGUGCCGCAGUCGGCGCGCAUGGCGUUGCAGGCGCAGGGGCUGCCGUUCCGGGACGGGCUGCAUGCGGCAUCGCAUGCGCUGGCCAACGUGGUGCCGCUGUUCCUGCUGUGCAACGCGUCCGACCUGGGAAACGAGUGCGACAAUCCGUACGACACGCGCUUCCGCCCCGAGCGCCUCCUUGUCUACGAUAAACACCCUGGCGGCAUCGGCCUCGCCAAGCAGGCGCGGCCGCUGUUCCCGCAGCUGCUGCGGCGGGCGCUGGAACUGAUCCGUGGGUGCGACUGCUGCUCGAUGGCGGGCUGCCCCGCGUGCAUCCAGAGCCUGGGCUGCACCGAGUACAACGCCGUGCUGCACAAGCGCGCCGCCAUCGCCAUCCUGGAACUCACCCUGGCCGCUGAGGCCGAGUACGCCGACCGGCUGCGCUUGCAGGUCCUCACUCACUCGCUGCAGCAGCUGUGCUGUUCUUGUGAUGAAUAUGCUUCUCUUCGGCAGCAGUGUUUAAUUGUGAGCGCCAAGCUUCUAAGGAUCCUUGCGCGCUGGUGUGCACUGCAGGAGUUGAGGAGUGGGCCGUCGCUUGAAGGCGGGCACCUGGGAGAACUCACGAUUCCUGAACUAGAUGCAACUUAG